AUGGAGUUGGGCAUAUAUUACACGGUGGGUGACUUCAACUCUGCUUACGACUCAUUUAAGAAAAGAUAUUCUGCUGUGUACAAGUAUGUGGUGGAACAUACUGAAAAGGACAAAUGGGCAAGGUCUUUUUUCCCACGUGACAUGUACAACUUCGAUACAAGCAGCAGUGUGGAAUCAAUGAAGAGCGUGUUUAAAGAGGCAACGAGGUGGGCCUUAAUACCAAUGUUGGAUUGUAUCGUCAGGAAAUUUUCUGAUUGGUUCACUCAAUGGAAGGAUGCUGUUUGUAGAUUAAUCGAUACAAGACUGGUGCCUGUGGUUGAGAACUACUUGCACAAUCUAUGGGUUGUUGCACAACAGCUAUCUGUACGGGAGCUUAAUAGUUAUGAGCUUAAGUACGAGAUCACUGACAUUGCAAGAAAUAUGUUUUGGGCGAGCUUGGUUGGAAAAUAUUGUACUUGCAAGGUGUGGGAUUAUGAAAAGUUUCCUUGUCUGCACGGAAUGGCAGCUUACAUCUAUUUCACUACAAACGUUGAUGGCAGCCGCCUUAAUAUCCAUGAGCUGUGCUCAAAAUACUACUGGACGGAACUGUGGGCUUUGGCGUAUGACAUGACACUUUAUGUUGUGCCCGACAUGUCUUCUUGGAAUGUACCAGGUCAUAUCAAGGAGGUGAAGAUCAUACCUCCGGAUCGUAUCACGAGGAAGGGAAGGAAAAGAGUUAAAACUACUUAA